GAAUUAACUAAAAAAUAAAAAAACAAAGAAACAAACAGCUUUAAUGUUUUACAAUAAGUGAAUAAUAAUAAAACGCGGGGACAUACUCGUAUAACCACACGACGCCUCCGAUGGCCAACAUGUAUACAAGAAUCCUGUUUUUCCACACACACACACUCCAGCACCUGGCGCGAAGAAGAAAUUAGAAAAAAAGAGAAAGAUAUGACUCGAAUGAUUUAUCACCGCCGCGUCUACGUCACAAGCGCUCCAGCCGAUUCGGGAUGGGCGCUGCAAAAGUGGUAUGUUACAACAGCAGGGCAGCAGCACACACCCAUAAUAACCCUCGAUCGUUUCCCCCGAUACCCUGCGUGACCAUCUUCACCAAGGAUUGGCACCACAGGAUUGGUCUCCGAAACAUUAAAAAAAGAAGCCCAUUUCGUUACAUUUGGAAAUUGAGGUCGUCGUCGGUCGACAGCCAGCCAGAGAACACACACACAAUAGAGAAAGAGAGAUUUUUACGUUCAUGAUCUUCUCUGUGUGUGUUGGUCCUCUUCUUUAUCCCUCUCGUUCAUUCCUUCUUUCUCUUUUUCUUCUUCACGGCAAAAAGAGAAGAGAAGAGAGAAAAAAGGAAAGAAAAUGAAGAGAAUAUCAGAGACUUCCUUAUGCGGAAGGGAAUUGAAAUCUGAAUGCUCGGCGCCUGAAGCGCUCAACCCUGACGUCAUCUCUCCAAGUCACGUGAUAGCGGUCGAAUAGACACAAGGGUGCACACAUAUACCGAGAAAGAAAGAAGAAGAAAAUACAAAAAAUAAAAUAAAAAAAUAACCCACCCACUAAGCGCGAGAAACACACGGAGAGAGAGAAAAGAGACGGGAGAGUCGAGCUUGUUCAUUGCUCCAGCCGAAGCUGGACGGAACACUCCGGUCCGAGAGUCUCGUUUCCAGUAGUAGUGAAAAGUUAGUCGAUGAGAGUCAAACUGCUGCGGCCUGCUGCUAUCCAAUAAUAACGAAGAAAUCCAAAACAAGUUGAUUAUUAUUAUUUGAAAUAACAAUCGCCAUGUCGUACGUCAGCGGCGAACCACGUCAUCCUCCCGUAGUCUCCAGCGUGUGCACGGAUCACGGCAUCUACUCCGGCACGCUGGUGGAUCCCAUCUCGGCCAACAACAUGGAGCAUCAGGGAAGUCAGCAUCGACGCAACAGCGCUUCCUCUUCGUCGUCGUCAGUGACGGAUACGAGCGAUCCGGCGGUCCGUCGCGUCGUCUACAAUUUGUACCGCGGCCUGCUGGGCACCUAUAACGAUAAAGCCAACGACAUCAUCAGCACCAUGCCACCAGAGAUGGUCCGCGAAGAUCAAGGCAUUGAGAAACAAAUCGAGAGCAUGAUAAGACAAUCGGAAGAAAUCAAGAGCGGCGUUGGCCGCAAAAGUAGCAGUGGAAACAUCGUCCCAUUUCAAGCCGGAGAGAAAAGCGGUGUCCGUUCGUCUCCACCAACUAAAGUCAAUCAGCCUUUAGAAACCAGUAACAUGGACGCACCUGCCUGCCAGGAUGGCGGAGCUUCAGUUCAAAUGGCGGCAGGCCUACCACCUCCACCACCGCCACCUCCUCCUCCUCCUCCGCCUAUGCCCAGUCACGGAAUGCCAGCCAUCAAAAUCAAUUCAGAGCUGGGAGGUGGCUCGAAUUCGUUGGGGAAAGCAGGUGGAGGAGGCAAGCACUUGCCAGGCGGGGGAGCGCCUUUCAGUUACAUCCCGCCGUCCGCCAUUCAAAACGCCAUGAUGACCAAAGACAAGAAGCCGUUCACUUACACUCCAGGCGGCAUUGACUUUUUGGCCGAAAUCCGCUCGCCGCGCAUGCAGCGUCGCAUAUCCAAGAACGCGGCCGACGAAGGGGUCGCCAGCCAUCCCCAGCAUCAUCCAACCAAUAAUCCCGCAGGAUCGUCGCCCAAGCCCAACCAGUUGAGUCCUCAAGCUCUGAUGGCGAUGCAGCCCCAAAUGGCGGUGCCCGUUUUCCCGCCAACCCCGCAGCAAAUGCCCGUCCUUCACUCGCCCGUUGUGCAUCAUUCGCCAGUGACUUCGCCGACGCCGGCGGCCAACGUCGCCGCUUCUCCUUUGCCUCCCCCACCACCGCCGCCGAUGCAACACAACUCGUACCAGCAGCAGUCGAGCGUCGAGCCUCAGCCGAUGCGAAUCAAUUUGAAGCCGGCCGUGCCACAAUUUCUGCAAUCGCAACCGCCAAGCCAGCAGUCGCCCGAACAGAUGUUUGAGGAGAUAAUGAACUCGUUGACGGCCAGAAACGCUAAUAGCAGCCAGCCAAGCCAGGUUCACAAUCCGUCUACUCCGGCACAACCGUCGGCGGCGGUGGCGGCGGCUUCUGUUCCAGCGGCAGUGCCGUUCGUCGAGCGCCGUAAUGCCCAGGUCGGAUCACUUUACAUCCCGCCGGUCAAUAAUAAUAAUAAUAGCAGCGCUGGGGGAUCGAAUACCAGCAGCAACAACAACGGACAAUACAAUCCCACCAGCGGACCGAUAUCUCCGUUGGCAACGGCUCAAUUGGCCAAGGCGCCGAUGCCGUGGAUGAAUUCGCAGAACCGAACUUCCAAUUCUCCGACUCCGACAUUCGUUCACCAACAACAGGAGCGAGUCAUCCCCGUCGAGAGAGAAGAGGAAAUCAAAUCGGCGGCGGUGCCAGUCAAUGUGCUGGGCUCGACUUCCGGCAAUAACGUCCGUUUGGUUCCUAUCAUGGUGGAAGGAGGCCGACCAGGAGCCGCUACGGCGGUGGCUCCUCCAACUCCGCAAAGAAGCUCGUCCGUUAGAGACGAAACCGUCCAUCCGCCUUGGCACAAUGCUCCGGGUAAAGUUAUUCCUAUUCACAUGGAGAUCGUCGGUCCCGGAGUUGCUGCUACUCCAUCCUCGUCCGUUCAGAGGCAGCAGCAACCAGAACCUCAGCAGUGCUAUCAGCAACAACAGCAACAACAACAACAGCAAGCCCCCUGGCGAACGCAAGCAGCCGCCAACGCCAACCAAAUCGCUUCCAUGAUGGAAGAAUUGAUGAUGUCACCAACCAGUAACCAACAGCAGGAUCAGUACCGUGAUUCGUCGUCGACUCCGAUGAUGGUCGGAACGCACAUGCGACCAAUGAGCGUUGAGCCGUCGCGAGGCCAGCCAACUCAGUCGCGUUCUUUCAGGAUCUUGCAAAUGAUCCACGACCCGGCCGACGAUUCGGUGGAGGCUGAAGCGGAACCGACCGAGAGCUCCGGGCGCUUGUCGCGAUCUUCGGUCGGUAGCAACAACAGUGGCGGCCCUAGCGGCGGACGUGUCUCGCAGCAAUCGGGACCGCCGCCGCCGGGUGAACGUCGCUUGAAUUUGACUCAGGAUGAUCGUGAACUCAUGGACAUGUUCCGAUCGCAAGUGAACGAAGAGCAAUCACUGCACCAGGAAGUCGAUCCCCGCUACCGCGGCUCGCACAUUCCAUCGCGAGCCUUCCGCAUUUUGCAGAAUUUCACCGCCGACGCCGAUGCAAAUCAACAGCAACAGCAGAUGAAACCCCCUCAAAUGAACAAUCCAGCACCGUCCAGCUCGCAAGGUGCAGCAAUAAGCGACAGACAGCGUGGACCACCCAGCAGCCAGAGCGAACCCGAACCUAAGAAAUACAUGGGUGGAAAUAUCCCGUCCAGAUCUUUUCGAAUGUUGCAAGCCAUGACAGCUCUAGAUCCAAAUGACGGUAAAUCAGACCUCUGAAAAAAUCAUCGAAGAAUUGUCGUUUAGACCACACAAAUUCGCCACAGUAUCGACCCGACGGCGUGACUGGACAUGGAUACAUCAUUUCUUUCCUUUCGACUAUUUCGCGUGCCUUCAUUAUUACUGAACUAAUCAACUUUGAAUGUUCCUGUCAUCAGCCCGAGACUCUAUAUUAUCUUUAAUAAAGAUAUAUAAAGAUUCUUUAUAUAUCGCGUCUUUUCACUCGGAAGCAUUUUCACAUUGGAUCGGGUUUUUCAGUCGAUUGUCUUUUUAUAAUUUUUUUUGACACAUCAACACACUCUUCACUUAUAAUUUGUAAUAUGAAAUCGGUACAUGAAAUCUAGAUAUCAUCUUUUUUUUGGGGUGUGAAUUAUCAGUUACCAUUUUCCCAUUUUCUAGAAAAAAAAAUUAACUUUAUACUUUUCGUUAAAACGUGAUUUACUUAUAAGCAAAAAAGCAACAACAUAAAUUUGGUUGACGCAAUCUCUUUAUUGGUAUGUAGUUUGAAUCACUCUUUUUACAACGCACGUAUAUAUGGAGUGGUGACGAUCAACGAAUUCUUUGCAUAUAAAAUAUGGCUUUUCUUUGUAAUGAAUCACAGGCUUGUACAAUAAAAUCAUCGUUUGGGUUGCA